CGCCCGCCCAGCCCUGCCCGUCCCCCGCCAUUUCGCACCGGGACGGGAAGGGAAGGGAAGGCACCCGGAGCGGGAAGGGAAAGGAGAGCAGAGGAAGGGACGCGACGCGGGCACGGCGGGUGCCGGGAGCUCCCGCUGCACGGCCAGCCAGGGAGGGAGCUGCUUCCCGAUAAUAGUACAGGAUCCUGACGCUGAAUGAGAAGGCACCGGCAGCAUCCUCGUUAGUGGGAGCCCAGCUCUGCUUAAUGUUGGUUUCUUUGUCAUCAGGUCUGCUAAAAAAUGACAGAGUAUAAACUUGUGGUGGUUGGAGCUGGUGGUGUAGGCAAGAGCGCCUUGACAAUACAGCUAAUCCAGAAUCACUUUGUGGAUGAAUAUGACCCCACAAUAGAGGAUUCCUACAGGAAGCAAGUAGUAAUUGAUGGAGAAACCUGUCUCUUGGACAUUCUUGACACAGCAGGUCAAGAAGAGUACAGUGCAAUGAGGGACCAAUAUAUGAGAACAGGGGAAGGCUUCCUCUGUGUGUUUGCCAUAAACAAUACAAAGUCUUUUGAAGAUAUUCACCAUUAUAGGGAACAAAUAAAGAGAGUUAAAGACUCAGAAGAUGUCCCAAUGGUGCUAGUAGGAAACAAAUGUGAUUUGCCUUCCAGAACAGUAGACACAAAACAAGCUCAGGAUUUAGCAAGAAGUUAUGGAAUUCCUUUCAUUGAAACAUCAGCAAAGACAAGACAGGGUGUUGAUGAUGCCUUCUACACAUUAGUUCGAGAAAUCAGAAAACACAAAGAGAAGAUGAGCAAAGAUGGUAAAAAGAAGAAAAAGAAGACAAAGACAAAGUGUAUAAUUAUGUAAAUACAAUUUAUCCUUAUUCUUAAGAAGUACUGAAGUAAUUUUGUACAUUACACUAAAUUAUUAGCAUUUGUUUUAGCAUUACUUUACUUUCUGCUUCAUGAUCCUGGUAGCUUUACCUGAAUGCUUGUUUUAAAUGACAGUGGAAACUUCAUUCCUCUUAAAGUGCCAGUAUUCUUUGACUGUUGGUUCUUGAACUAGCAAUGCCUGUGAAAAUAAAAAAAAAAAAAAACAACAAAAACCCAAAACAAACAAAAAAUACCCACAAAAAACCUGAGAACUGUCUUAGGACUCUUUGGUGCAUGCACAGUUGCUAACUUCCUAUUUUUCUUACUGAUUGUGAACUUCUGUUCUGUGUGCAAAGCAAACAAAUUAUGCUCUACACAUUUUAACAUCCCCUCUGAAUUUUUGGGUUUAUAAAUUUGGUUGGGAAAAAGGACUAGUUAGCAAAAGAAACUUUCAUUUCAGCCUUUCCUUUAUUUUAGACUGAUUGCAAUAGAGAGAGACCAGAAGCCUUUAUAGUCUUCCUGUAGAUUUUGCUUCUAGGCAUCUAGUCUUGUAGCAUUUCAGAUCAACUUUAAUGAAUGUAAAGAGAAAACUUUCAAAAAAAAUUUCACUGCAAUUUGUCACGGUCACUCCUUAAAUACUCUAUUUUUUCUAUAAAAAAUUUAAAAAAAAGAAAAAAAUCUAAAAAUACAACAAUGCACACCUGGCAAUGGAAAAAGUAAAAGUUCUAAUUAGGUUGAUUUGCUAUUGUUAAUGCAUUGCUUUAAGAGCUUCACUGACUUUUUGUGUCUGAAGAACAAGGUGAAAUCUCCCUGUGUCAAAGCUUUGAGUAGCUUUGUUCAGUAGGGUCAGGAUUUCACCCUGAGUGUCCCUAGGAAAUACUAGAAUGCCUUAACAGAGAAGUUGAUUCAAAUUCUUAGGUUAAUUCAUACAUGGGCCCAGAAUUUGCAUAAUUAAAUCAAAAUCAGUCCUAAAUUAUGUAAUGGAGUAAAACCAUUC